AUCAAAAUAUAAAGUAAAGGGUAAAUAUGUAAUUUGAUACUUUAUCUUUUUGUAGCGUAUUGUUGUCCUUCCAUGGACACUUGGAUAUCUCCCCUGCAAAACAAAGCAUUUUAGCUCAUCUCACAAAAACCCUAAUUUAUACCCACUUGUGCUUAUCUAUUUCAUCAUCUAACUUAGACCCAUUUCAUUUCAUCCCUUUUCUUUGAUGCCCCUUUUAUCAAGUUUCAAUCUUGCUUCCAUGUUCACACAAAUUUUGCUUUCAUCCAUGGUUGGAAAGUUACAAUUUUAAUAAGAAAGCAUGAAAAUUGGCAGCAUAUACCUAUCUAACUCAUGGAAAGUUCAUCAGCGUCUCUUGGGCUAAAUGACAUAACCACGAGCGAUGUUGUUGUUCGUCUAAGAAACAACAAAAGAAGACCUGAACUGUUCUAUUCCCAUUCAUCAAUCCUCAAAGAAAAGAGUAAGUAUUUUGCAGACAAACUAUCUGAUCCAAGUUCUGGUGCUUUUAUUGAUAUCUCCUGCUUAGAUUGCAACUACGAGCACCAUGUCGACCUAUUAAAACGUUUUUACCUUUCCCAAGAGUCAUUGUUGGAAUCUUGGAACUCUGUUCACUCUGCUCUUGGUGUUCUUCAAUUAGCAACAGAAUUUAGUUGUCAAGAAAUCACUGAAAGUUGCAUUCAGUAUUUAGAAGCUGUCCCGUGGGAGGAUAAAGAAGAAGAAUUAAUCUUGAAAGUAGUUUCAAAACUGGGUCCCGUAGCAAUGCCCAUAUUAGCUCGGGUUCAACCCGUUGACUUUACUGCUACGAAAACCGUAUUCAUCUCAGCCAUCCAGUUUGCCACGUGUAUUGUUUCAGAAUCCCCACCCUUUGGGGACGAGUUGAAAACUUCAGCUCAAGAACAAGUAGAGUACAUGUUAGGUGAUGAUGAUGAAGAGAUCCCGUUAGUCAUAGCAGACGAAGAAGUUAAAGCAGAGUCAAAGAAGGGACUUAUGAACAUUUGUUCUAUAUUCGAUAAAGAGCUUUCUUGUUUACUUUCAGAGACUGACGAGGAGGCAGUAGAAAAGAGAGUGAUGCAGUCUCUCUCUGAUCUUGGAUGGAUUUGUAACAUUCUUUCAAAAAUGGACCUAAUGAAAGAGUUCACUGACAAAUGGAUUGAAUCUUCUAGUCGGGUAAUUGCAGUUAUGGAAGAUCAACUACUAAAAAGUAGCAUGUGGGGCAUAAAGUUGAAGAUUAUAGAACUAAACUGGAAGGUAUUGGAUGCAGUUGGGUAUGGUAAUGUGAUCAUUUCACCUGCACGUCGUGUGGAGUUAGUGAAAACUUGGCUUCCUUAUAUCAGAAAGAUGAAACCUGUUCUUGAUUUGGUUGGGAGUAAGGAGACCGGAUAUCCUUACAAGAUGGACGAUGAUUUGUGCCAGAAUAUUGAAGGGGCUAUAGUGGCACUCUUAUCAGCUCUUCCUUCUAAUGAUCAAGGGGAUAUUUUAGCUGAUUGGAUGAGCGGGGACCAGGUUAAGUAUCCCGAUUUGAGUGAAGCUUUUGAGAUUUGGUGUUAUAGAACAAAAUCGGCUAAAAGAAGAUUGGUAGAGGGGUUGGAUAGAGUUGGUAAUCCUACUGUAAGCCUGUGAUCACUUAAUGGUUGGUAAUAUGGUUGUAAGUUAAAUAGAUCAAAGUAAAAGGUUAAAGAAACAACCUUUGUUAAAUCUGUUAAGUUGUUUGCAAUUCCCCGUUGCAAAUUGUAGUCUCUUCUUGAGAAACUGGAUCGCUAAUUGUGAUCUUUGUGAGGCUUAUUAAUGGUGUCUCUCAAGUUCUAAGUUGACGCCACAUAUGUACUUUCAACUCAUUGAUCUAUUUUAUUUUGAUACUCUUAUACAAAUGCAAA